AUGGCGGAAAAAGACUGGGAAGGUUCAUCUUCAAGCGAGAACGAAGCUGCUUUUCCAAACGAUGAUGACGAGGAGUUUCUUUCUGGUGGCUCAGGGCCUAAGUUACAAUUCAGAGUAGGAUCUUCCAAAGCUCGUUGGAUUGAUGAAUUAGGAAUGGUUGAAGUAGAGGUCAAAAGAGGGAAACUUUGGACAACGACUGGAAUCAUUCGCAGUGGCAAAGCAUAUUGCUUCAUAGAAGAGGCUUUGUAUUUGAGUGAAAUAGGAGAGUUGCAGAUCUUAGGUGAGAAGGAUGACACAGUGAUCCCAUUGAAGGACUUGUAUGAGAAAAUCGCAGAGGAAAAAAGUGGCUGCUCUUGGGAAAACUAUGAAGCUUAUAAGUACUUAAAGGGUCUCGGUUAUAUCCUAGGGAGGCAUGGAGUUCCUUGGACGUCAAAGGAUGCUGCCAUUAGUACACUAAGUAGUGAAGAAGAGUCUGUUACUAAACUGUUGGGAGAUAUGCAAAUUUGUGAAGCAAGAGCUGUGUUUGACGUGUAUUUGCCAAACAGCCGGUUCAAGAAGUCUUCUCCUGGUGAACCUAGCUUUGUGGCUUGCUUCUCAGGGGACUCACCACCAAGCAAAGAAGAUAUCAAAGUCCUGCAAAGCCGCGUAGCUUCACCGUUGAUGUUCUGUCAUAUCGCUCAGGGCCGUGUCAGUUUCUUUUCCUUCAGUUCCAUAGACCUCCCUGUGUUACCAUAA